AUGCGAGGGAGCGAGCCAGCUGGCGUGCAGCCCUCUCGCCGCAUGCUCUCCCUGGUGCCGCGCGCCGCCCGACCACGUCAGAGGCGCCUGCACGUCGACUCACUUUUAAUUACGGCACGAUUAAAGCUUGAGGCGAGAGACUUGCGCGGUGAAUCAGAGCUGAGAGUCAGUCGCAAAGCUUCUGGAACAGGCCCCACAAGCAGUGGGAUAACGUACGACGAGUGGGAGGAAAUUGCCAAGGCAUUUAACGUGUCAAGGAAGGAAUGUGAGGACAAGUGGCAUAAUUUAAAAAGCCAAUAUAGUCGCGAGUUAGCGAAACGGAAGAUCAGCAAAGGAAGUGGAAGUGCUACAAGCAAUGUGUACCACACUUCAUGGUAUGCUUUUGAAAGUAUGCAGUUCAUAAGAGACAAUUACAAACCACUCUCUCAUAGGAGCACACAUGAAGUAGUACCAGUCAUGGAAGCCCCAGCCAGAGAAGGAGAUGGUGAAGGAGAAGGAGAAGGAAGCAUUAGUUUCCCUUUCGAUGUCACAGAAAUGGAGGAGGUGACAUUUGCCACGCCCCCAGAAGACAUUGUGGAAGUGGAAACCACUCCACUCAUCUCUGUGCCUCCACAUGAAAGUGGAUGUGCAACCGUGGCACCCUGUACCACUCCAAGUCCGAGUGGAAGUGGUAGAUCAAGUGCACUGAAGAGAGCCAGGAGAGACCUGGAUGAAGACCGAGAAGGUCUUUUACAGACCUUAAGAAAAGUUGGCGACAAUUUAGCAGGCAGGAAAAGGGACCAGUUUACCCACUUGGGUGACUUGGUCGCCAAUAAGCUCAGAUUUCUGUAUGAAAAUGGCCAUACUACAAUUAUGGCAAGACUUGAGAACGGAAUCUACAGAUGUUUGCAGGAGGCAAACGAUGAACUAAUAAAUGCAAAUGCAACACAAUUUAUGUAUUCUUUAAAAACAUGUAUAAACGUUGAAAUAUGCAUGUAA